UCUUUGAUGUUGCUCACAAGACGCAGAUAUAAGACGCUGAUUUAUUGUUUACAUUAUCUUAGCUUGCUACUCAGUUUCCUGGCUUUUUUCUUAGCGUGAACAAAAUGUUUACGACGUAGGUUAUUAAAAGGAAGAUGCAUUUAUUGGGGUAUAUCUACAACUUAUUCGUUAUAGAAUUAAAUAGCUUCUGAUCUAGAGGUGGUGUAGUGCUGUCAGGCCAACCGGCGUGAGCAAUAUCUGUCAUUAUUAUAGCAAAGCAUAAGUGAAGUCGGUUACGGAUACGUCCAGUGUCUGUCUUUGUUCAGACAAGGACGAAUAUUAACUACAAAAAAGAUGGAAGAUGGUAGACCUGUAAGACUAUCUCUGGGAAUUCCAGACACUGAUAAUGCCCCCUCUAGCUCAUUAGCGGCAUCAACAAUAAAGAGGAAGUCUUAUGUGCUCAGCGAUGUUAAGCCCAAGAAAAAGAAAAAAAAAGUCAGCCGAAACCCAAGGCUUGGCUACACGGUUGAACAAGGAGAGGAUAUGCUUUUAAUCAUAUCCAACACAAAUCAAUAUGAAAAUGUAUGGCGGCCAAACACGAAAGGAAGAAAGAAAAGCAUUGAAGGAAAAGCCAGAGUAACUCAGGCAAAGAAGAAGAGUAAGAUUCUCCUAAAGUGUAGAGCUCCAAAAAAGCCACAGAACAAGAAAGCGGAAAUGAAGACAACACUAAAACAGCCAGAUGACUGCAUUGACAGCUGGGGUCAGAGUCUACCAUUGGAAGUGUUAGUUAAUAUUUUAAAGAUGGUAGUUCAACAAGAUGGCGCAGUACCAUUCCUGUGCAGGGUGGCAAGGGUGUGUCAGCUAUGGAAUGCUGCGUCAGCCAGUCCAGCUCUAUGGCACAGUGUGUCCAUGGGUUACUGCUGGUUGGAGCCUGGUAAGACCCAGUUACCUAAAACUGAACUGAAGAUCAGAAACACUGUAACCUGGCUUGCACAGAACAGAUUCUCUCAGCUAAGACACUUUUCUCUUAAUCACUGGAAAAAAAAUGUUGACCAUGUUGUGGAGGUUGUAUCCCAGACCUGCCCACAUCUCUGCUCGCUCAAGCUGUCAUACUGUACAGGCCUGACAGAGAAAGCCUUUCAGAGCCUAAGCACCAGCUGUCAGUCACUGUAUAACAUUAAUGUCCAAUACUCUGAGAUACAGGUGGAAGGGCUUGUAGCCUUCUUGGAAUCCAAUGGCAGUCAAAUAAAAGAGAUUCUGUUCACCCAUGGGCCCAGAAAUGACAAACUACUCACUGCGAUCUCCAGAGGAUGCUGCCCGGAGUUGCAAUUGCUGGAAAUCAACACAAAACUGGACAGUGGGUACUGCCAGCUUCCAAUCUGCAUCCAAGCUUUGCAAAAUGCCUGUCCUAAACUACAGACUUUCCGGAUGCUGAAUGUCAUUCCCAUGCCUAAAAUGGCUCGUAGCGGGUCAGGUUCCACAUCUGGCUUCCCUUUACUAGAGGAGCUGUGUAUGGCCACCACCGCUGUCUCCUUUAUGACUGACCAGGACUUGACCAAGAUUCUCUACAACUCCCCUAAACUGCGUGUGUUGGACCUGAGAGGUUGUUCCCGAAUCACAGCCGCCGGCCUCUCUGCUUUACCAUGUGAAGAACUUGAGUGUCUGUACUGGGGACUGUACUUCAGCAGCAAUGUCACAGUAUCCUUGUCUAAGAAGGGACUUCACCUGCUGGCCCAGAAAUGGAGCAGCACCUUGAAGGAGCUAGACCUUGCCAACCAGCUCUUCUGUGAAGAGGACAUGGAGAUUUCCAUGGGCCAUCUAGCUCAAGGAACCGGAGCUGACAGUACCCUGUGUUCACUCAACCUCAGUGGGACUAAGGUCACAACACCUGCCCUGAGGUUAAUUAUAGGCCAGUCUACAGCGCUGAAUUACUUAAACUUGUCGUCCUGCCGUUACCUUCCAAGAGGUUUGAAGAAACUGUAUCGUGGCCAACAAGAAAUCCACCAGCUGCUAGAAAAAUUUGAGUAAUCGAUUGCUCCAGUUUAGUUUUUUCUAAGAAUCCCAGCCAAAGUACUGUCUUCAAUCCAUGAUGCAAAAGUACAUAAAAUUUUUUAAACAUGGGUACUCUUCAACGCUGUUUUUAAAUGUUUUACCUGGGACCCUCAAACCACAACUUAUCUGUAUUGUAUUUUUAAACUGUAUGUUACUAUUAUACUUUAAUACUUAAGUCUAAUGACUUAAAUGCCAUGAGCUGGUAAAUACAGUGGGGAGAACAAGUAUUUGGUACACUGCCGAUUUUUCAGGUUUUCCCACUUACAAAACAUGUAGAA